AUGUUCAACAAGAAAGAUGAUGAUUAUUUGAUGAGGUUUCUACGGGCACGAAAAUUUGAUGUGAAGAAGACAUAUACACUUAUGAAAGGACACGUGAAAUUUCAUAAUAAUUAUCCGCAGUUGACAUCGAAAUUAACUCUAGAUUCUGUUCGCUCCUGCCUGGAAAAUGGUUACCCUUGUCUACUGCCGGUGAGAGACAAGCAGGGCCGCGUCACCUUUUUGUUCAGUAUUGAAAAUUGGGACAUGACUGAAUUCCCUUUUCACGUCAUCAUGCGGUCCUAUCUUUAUUUACUUGAACGCCUCAUGAUCAGCGAAAAGUCGCAAAUUACAGGCUGCGUCUUAAUUGAAAAUUUUCACAAUUAUUCUCUGAAGCAAGCACUUGGCUUACGUCCAUCAGAACUUAGAAUGUUUGUGGAUAUUCUGCAGGGAUCCUUCCCUGCCCGAUUUAAAGGUGUCCAUUUUGUGCAUCAACCUUGGUACUUUAGCUGGACAUACGCGAUGGUGAAACCAUUCCUUAAAAGAAAACUCACGAAAAAGGUAUUUAUACAUGGAUAUAAUCUGGAGAAUUUCUGGGAAAAUUUUGAUAUGGAAUCGAUCCCCAAAGAAUUGGGAGGCAGUGGAGCAUCGUACGAUUCUCAAGAACUAAUAAAAGCCUUGGAAAGACUUGAAAAGCAAGAAAAUUCAUGA